AUGCCUUCACUUCAGAAACUGACCCCUUCCGUCUACUUUUUUCGCCCGGCAGAUGACGCGUUAACGCACCCUACGGACUCUCCCUCACUGAUCAUGAUGUUCAGCUGGAUGGACGCACAACUGCGACACGAGCAGAAGUUCGUCGAUGCUUUGCACCAACUUUACCCAACCGCAACCAUCGUGCUCAUCAAGUCCGCGUUGAGCACUGCGUUUGCGACGCAGGCAAAUCUGGAACAUGUCCUCGAGCCUGUUGUCGAGAUCCUUCUUUCUCGACAUUGGGAUGGGAUCUUGAUGCACAUGUUCUCGAACGGGGGAGGAUUCAUGUUCAUGGCGUUGCACAAAGCGCUGGCAAAGCGACACAAACCCGACUCUGAGACUGCACACCGUGGACCCCGUGUUGUUUGCGUUCUCGACUCGCUGCCGGGGGAUCACGGACUCGACUCGUUGCUCCUUGUCGCCGGACCUAAGAACCCGCUGCUAUACGCCCUUUCGGUACCCAUUUUCGCGGCCGCGUGUGGCGCUCUAGCGCUCGGGGACACACUCCGUGGCAAUGGUCCCAUGUUUACCGAGUUUCGCCGCAUAUUGCUCACGUCCGACCCACUUCCGACUAUCACCGAGACAUCAAGGACUCAGCCACCACGUCUCUACAUAUAUUCGAUCAAAGAUCGCACAAUCCGCUCUCAGAACAUCGAGCGCCAUAUUGAGGAGGCAAAGAGGUUGGGCAUCGUGGUCGAUGUCGAGAGAUACGAAGAUUCGCCCCAUGUUGGACACAUGCGCUGCGACGAGAAACGGUACUGGAACGCUGUGAAGGGUGCAUGGGCCCGUGCAAAGCUGUAG